AUGCAACUGAGGGCGUGGAAGUUGACGUGGUCGCCGUCGUCCUCUCGUUCGGGAUUAAGAGAAGGAGGAGGAGGAGGAGGAGGAGGAGGAGGAGGAGGAGGAGGAGGAGGAGGAGGAGGAGGAGUAGGGGGAGGAGGAGGGGCACGAGGGCGAGGUGCCAUUGCUGCGACGGGGCGUACGGGAUUAGCUGUUGCUGCAUGGUCACCAGCGUUGCCUCGUUGGAGCGCCGCGAGAAGGCCGAACAAUCGGGCUGACGAUUCUCGCGCGCAGAAUCCUGCAUCUAACGGUCGCGAUCUGCACGUGCUGGAUCCUGGUCGCGAUUUGCGCUUGCAAAAUCUAGAUCGCGAUCUACCCGAGCAGAAUCGCGAUGAUUGCGGCAUGAAGAAGCAAGACCGCCAUCAUUGCGCUCUGCUCGCGCAGGACCGCGAUCGUUGCGGUCCUGCGCCUGGGGUGCCUAGAUGUGACGCGUCGGCAGCUGCGCAUGGGGAACGACCCGCUCGUUACCGCAGUUACCACAGUUUCGACAGCAUCCUUCGGGACCGGGGGCAGAAAUGGGCGCGCCAUUUAACAGCUCCAGCGCAGUCAGGGUCCGGUUUCAACGAGGAGAUCGUGAGCGUUCACGCUGGGAUGAGGAAUCGCGAUCCUCAUCCCUUCUCAGAGAUCAUCGCCUGCCUCUGCUGCGCUUAA